CUGACCUCCGGCCAUAAGGCUUCGACUUCUAAGCCUUAGCUCAGUCAGGUCCGAGUCGUUAUCAGGCUAAAACGUGCCAAGUGACGCGAUACGAGUGCGGAGCGGACGUGUUCAGUGAACCACAGCGCGGGCACGUCGGACAGACAGAAAACAACAUGACAGAUUAUAUGUACACGGCACCAGCGAAGGGGGUGACGGAGGUCAUCGAAGGGAACGACAUCACGUACAACGACAUGGUCGAGGAGGUGUGUCUGGAGAACUCCCAGAUCCAGCAGGCAUUCUCCGGAGCCACCGUGCUGCUGAGUGGUGGUACCGGCUUCCUAGGAAAACUACUCAUUGAGAAACUACUGAGGUCAUGUCCGGAUAUCAAGAAGCUGUACCUGCUGGCCAGACCUAAGAAGAACAAAGAUACUGCUAAGAGAUUUCAGGAACAAUUUGAUGAUAUGCUCUACCACAAACUGAAGAAAGUGAAUCCUGACUUCACAGAGAAGAUACAAGUCAUAGAAGGCGAGAUAAGUUUGUUGGAUCUUGGAAUUUCUGAUGUGGAUCGACAGAAGAUCAUUAAUGAGGUGGAAUUCAUCUUCCACGGUGCAGCGACUGUGAGAUUCGAUGAAAACUUGAAGUCUGCCGUCAACAUCAACGUGAGAGCCUCCAAAGGGAUGCUGAUGCUGGCGAGGGCCUGCACCAAGCUGAAGGCCUACGUCCAUGUCUCCACUGCAUACAGUCACUGCACCAGAAGUGAGAUAGACGAGGUGUUCUACGACACCACCCUGGACGGAGACAAGUUGAUCGACCUGGUGGAGAAUAUGGAUGACAAAGUUAUUGCCGAUAUUACACCGGGGCUCCUGGGGGACUAUCCCAACACGUACGCGUUCACGAAGGCUGCUGCGGAGGACGUGGUCCUCAAAUAUUCCAGAGGACUACCUGUGGCCCUGUUCCGGCCCUCCAUAGUGAUAGCGACAGCGGAUGACCCCAUUGUUGGAUGGAUCGACAACGUGUACGGACCAACCGGGGUGGUGGUGGGCUCUGCUGUCGGUCUGCUUCACGUGCUGAACUGCAACCAAAAGAACAUCGCCGACCUGGUGCCGGGAGACGUUGUGGUGAACGCCUGCAUCGCGGUAGCCUGGAAGACAGCGCGAGACCAUCGAGACAACCACGAAGCACCGCCGCAAGACACCGUGCCCGUCGUCUACAACUGUGUGUCCUCUGUGGAGUCUCCAGUCACCUGGGAACAAUACAUGAAACUCAACGAGGGGUACGGGCUGAAGGUUCCUCCAAUCCAGGCGAUCUGGGGCUACCUCCUGAUCCUGACUCCUUCCGCCUUCCUCUACACGAUUUACAGCUUCAUCCUCCACUGGAUACCAGCAUACAUCAUUGACGCAGUAUUAGUUAUCAUUGGAAAGAAGCCCAUGUUGAAACAGGCGUACAAGAAAAUACAAAAGUUCUCGGGAGUUAUCGGCUACUUCGCCUUACGCCAGUGGAAGUUUUACAACAACAACAUGCAAUCGUUAUAUAAAGAGAUGGGCGUCGCAGACAAAACCAUUUUUAAGUGUUCGAUGGCCGGCUUCGACUGGAGUCAUUACUUCUACAACCACGUGAGGGGAAUCCGAGUGUACCUACUGAAGGAUCCCUUGGACACGGUGCCUCAGGGGCUGAGGAAACAACUUAAACUGAGGCUCCUCUCAGUACUGCUGAUGGCAGUUCUUGGUUUUGUUAUGUUGAGGCUGCUUGUCUGGUUUGUAAGAUGGCUCGUUUAGUUGAGCAUGGAGUAGUGAAUAAUGUUACAGGAAAUACAUUCUGAUGUUGUCUGUACAACAGAUUAAUAUCACAGUUAGACUCACAUUUAUAAAGGAAUAUUUUAUUUUAUUAUUGUACAAAAUAUAUUAUUUAUUUGACGAUAAGGCAUUUAGAGUAUUGUGCGACAUGCAUUCUACUGCGGAUUAUAUAAAAAUAAUUCUAUGUACUGACCCACGACAUGGGGAGCUAAUUUCCAUUGUAUUUGAAUCUUUUACUUCAAGACUGGUCUUCUUUCCGACGAGACUGAAAACUAUAGACAUAUAUAUAUCUAUAUGAGAUUACUUAAUAUUAUAUCUGUGCCUUAUUAGACCAUUUUCGUUUUAAUAUUUAAUACUUGUACACUUACAGUGUUAUUUUCCUUUUAGGAUUAUCGUUUAUUUAUUGUUUGAACAUCAUUACUAAUUUCUGUGAGAGUUCCUUGAGAAAUGAGAUAUUUAAUACUUGAUAUCAUAUUUUUAUUGUUCGAUUUAGAAAACAAGCCUUCAGUAAUGAGAACUGCAAAAUAAUGAGACUAACUUAGUACUAGGAUAAGAAUUGAAUAAUAUAGGAAACAAGUUAAAAAUUUAUUCAACUUAUUAUUAGUAUCGAGUGAUUUAUUACUUACUUACCUAUAGCCGCGUCCGCUGCGCCGUUUUUUGAGUUUGUUAAAACAAAAACAUGUUUUAUAAACAGAUGAGGGGCGUGGCUUAAGUUUUCUUAAAUAAAACAGAUGUUUUAUUCCAUCUCUGGAUAACGUGGAGAAAUAGAUAACGUAAUUCGUAGCUAGCGAUAAUUCUAUUUGGUUUGUUUGUGAUGGAGUGGAAUAAAGAAAAUACUUUGCUUUUUAUAUAACUGAUAACAGAAAGACCGGUACUUUGGCAUGUUACAUUGUUAGAUCAUAAAAAUAAAUACAAAAAGCUGGAUACACUUCGUCGGAACUCAUUUUUGAAUUAAACCAAAAACAGAUGCAGCGGACAGACUGUUUUGCUAACAUGUUUUUUUGACAUGUUUUGAUACAGUGUUUUGUUAAAAAUUUUGGCGCAGCAGACCCGGCUUUACACAACACAGUAUGAUAACUCUGUUUUCUAUCUCAUUCUCUCGCAACUCCCAAGGUAGGUGCAUGCUAUGGAUUCCUACGUAUAAAUUAUUUUUUCUAUUGUUAGCGUUGAUUAACGAUUAUUCGUGAAAUAACCAAGAUUGACUGUAACUUAAAUCAUUAGUCAAAGGAUUAGGAAUUAAAAAAAUACUCCUCGUUUCAAAUGAUCGACAUACAUUCAAAUGAUAGACAUAAGAAUAGUUAUAUGAAAGGGAUUGGUAUUGAAACAUGAAAUCUGGUUUAUAAGACAAGUUUGGUUCGGACAACAAGUUCACUCAAUGUUACUUGUAGACUCCUUAGCUGAUAAUUAUUAUAUAAGCAGGUAUUAUUGUUAUUCAUAGUACAAAUUCAAAAACUUGCAGAGUUCAACUGAUAACGUAAGCGCUAAAUUGCUUAAUAUUUGAUAAAGAAUAUAAAGUCUGCCCUAAUUUAAAAUAAUGUCACUCCUUGCGAAGAAAAUGAAUGUUGUUUCAUAUAUAAAAAGGAGCAGAAUAGUUAUUGAAAUGAGCGCAUCGUGUGACUCAAAAGUGUCCUAAUUGGGACACAUUUUGACAGUUACUAACAUUUGCCUACACUAAUUAACUGUCUCCUUUUGCAUUAUUGUUUAAACCCCGCUAAUUGUUUGUGUUCUACAUCAAUUUAAAGUGGUAAUGGGCCGCUGAAUACCUAAAUUUUUUGACGUUUUGUGAAUAAUUGUAAUAUUAGGUACUUACCUAUUAUGAAAUCAUUGGCGAAAAUAAGAACGUAAACCACAAAGGAAACAUUUAAAUUAUUAGAGAUUUUAUUUUGUUACGUUUAAAACUGGUUGAAGAUGUGUUGAUCAGAGUAGAUAUUGUAACAAUAACAAAAAAAAACAUAAAAAAGCGAUUCACUCGAUUGUAUGAAACGUGCAGUCAUUGACAGAUUGAUUGAUGGUGGCAAUAAUGUUGUGAAAAAAGGAGAUAGCCGACAUCUACUACGUUUUAAGCAACUGUUCGCUUUCAAACAUAGCCGGAUUAUACUUCGUCGCCAAUCGCGAUACUGUAAUUACUACUAUUGCAAACUUACGUCAAAUUACUGCACGUUUCAUAUUAAACUAAAUUUCAAUUUUUACUUAGGCAGUGCCGCCUCUUAUUACGUAGUACUUACAUCCUCUUUGGCUCUGUCACGCAGCACGUGUGACAGACACGUCACACGAUGUCAUUCUUCAAAUUCUGUCAUAUUAUAACAUACAAGCUACUAACAAUUUGAUAUAACAUUGUGAUAUUAUGUACCAAUAGUUGCUCAGUUAUAUUUAAGAUACUAUUAUUAAAGUGUAUAGUUGCCAUUUUAAUUAAUAAAUUAAUGUUUACUGGU